AUGGCUUCGAACUAUCCAUAUUCACAGUCUUCUAGUUAUAUAGGACUUCUAAACAGCCAAAACCAACCUCCUAACCAUGAAAACUACCCUUAUGGAAGUUUUCAUUCUAGUGUCAACCUAGGAGCAUCAGAAAUCCCCCCAUUCAGUUCCCAACAACCUGAGGUGCCAUCUCAACCAGGAGUCACACCAUUGGAGCGAAGGGAGAGAAAGAAAUGGACGCCUGCUAUGGACGAGGUUCUGAUAAGUGGCUGGCUGAACACAUCUAAGGAUGUGGUUGUUGGGAACGAUCAAAAUGCACGGACUUUCUGGUUACGUGUUGAGGCGUAUUACAAAGCUAGUCUACCGGGUGGUGUGAUGUCAGAGCCUCUCCAUUGUAAGCAGAGGUGGCAUAAGAUCAACGACUUGACGGACAAGUUCUGCGGUGCAUUCGCAGCAGCAGAGAGACAAAUGACUUCUGGACAGAACGACACUGAUCUUCUCAAGUGUGCUCAUCAAAUUUUCUAUGCUGAUCACAACAUGAAAUUCAAUCUUGAGCAUGCCUGGUGUGUGUUAAGGCAUGAACAGAAAUGGAUUAGCCUUAACACUUGUAAACCCACGGGAAGUUCAAAGAGAAAAUCUGCUGCGGAAAGUUCCCAAGCGAAUGUUGUUGAUAGUGAGACUCGACCUGAAGGUAUCAAGGCUGCUAAAGCUAAAAAGACUAAUGGUCACGGGAGGUCUAUGGCUGAGGUUACCACCAUUUUGGAAAGGAGGAAGGAAGAUUUGGCGAUGAAGGAGAAACUUUCAAAGCUGGCCAUUCUAGACACACUGCUCGCCAGAAAUGGACCCCUUAGUGAGGCUGAAGAAGUGGUCAAGAAUAAGCUUCUAGCCGCUUAUUUCUGA